CCCUGGCUUCUUGCCCUCUAGUAGGGGCAACUCUCAGAAGUCCCCAAGUUCCAAUCCUGAAAAGUGCCCUGGCCUCCCCCCGACCAUGGGACUGUUCAAUGUCACUCAUCCUGCUUCCUUCCUCCUGACCGGCAUCCCUGGUCUGGAGAGCUCUCACGCCUGGCUAGCAGGGCCCCUCUGUGUCAUGUAUGCUGUGGCCCUCGGAGGCAACACUGUGAUCCUGCAGGCCGUGCGAGUGGAGCCCAGCCUCCAUGAGCCCAUGUACUACUUCCUGUCCAUGCUGUCCUUCAGUGACGUGGCCAUGUCCAUGGCCACACUGCCCACCGUGCUCAGAACCUUCUGCCUCAAUGCCCGCAACAUUGCCUUCGAUGCCUGCCUGAUUCAGAUGUUUCUCAUUCAUUCCUUCUCCAUGAUGGAGUCGGGCAUUCUGCUGGCCAUGAGCUUUGAUCGCUAUGUGGCCAUUUGUGAUCCCUUGCGUUAUGCUGCCGUGCUCACCAAUGAAGUCAUUGCCAGAAUAGGCAUAGCUGUGGCUGCUCGGAGCUUCAUCAUCCUCCUUCCCCUUCUCUUCCUCUUCAAGAGGCUGCCUAUCUGCAGAUCCAAUGUUCUUUCCCACUCCUACUGCCUUCACCCAGACAUGAUGAAGCUGGCCUGUGCUGAUAUCACUAUCAACAGCAUCUAUGGAUUCUUUGUUCUUGUAUCUACCUUUGGCAUGGACAUGUUUCUUAUCUUCCUCUCCUAUGUGCUCAUUCUGCACUCGGUCAUGGCCAUCGCUUCCCGAGAGGAACGCCUGAAAGUUCUCAACACAUGCGUGUCACAUAUCUUGGCUGUGCUUGUGUUUUACGUACCGAUGAUUGGGGUCUCCACAGUGCACCGCUUUGGGAAGCAUGCCCCGCGCUAUGUACAUGUCCUCAUGUCCAAUGUUUACCUCUUUGUACCUCCUGUGCUCAACCCUCUCAUUUACAGCGCCAAGACAAAGGAGAUCCGCCGAACCAUUGUCCGUAUGUUUCGGCACAUGAAAACAUGACUUUCAUGCUUGCCUUUAAUAUCUGAUGUUGACUGUAGCCAUAAGUCUUCAUCUGUGGUGUCAUUGUCAUCAUCAUCAUCACCAUUGCCAUCAUCAUCAUCUUCAUAUCACGAACAAUGAGACAGAUUGUGUGGUGGGGGAAAAGUAAAAGAUCAGGACAGGGAGCUACACAAUUUGUACAUAAAACAUAUGAAAGUAUAUUCACAAUAUACUCAAUGGCAUUCACAGAAAAGUGAAAAUCAGGGACACUUGAAUGAUAUGACACAACUUGAAAGGAAGAUCCAU